AUGAAUCGACUCGCCUCUCUACUAAGCCAAGGCCGAGGCAUGGGCGGAGACACCGCGCCGCCAGGAACAGAUACAAACCUUAUUGACAACUCCGAAACCGUCUACAUCUCAUCUCUCGCCCUCUUGAAAAUGCUUCGGCAUGGCCGCGCUGGUGUACCUAUGGAAGUCAUGGGCCUCAUGCUUGGGGAAUUCGUCGACGACUACACGGUCAAGGUAGUGGACGUAUUUGCCAUGCCACAGAGUGGUACAGGAGUCAGCGUCGAGGCAGUGGAUCCGGUAUUCCAGACGAAGAUGAUGGACAUGUUACGGCAAACGGGCAGACAAGAGACCGUAGUUGGAUGGUAUCAUUCACAUCCUGGAUUCGGCUGCUGGCUUUCCUCCGUCGAUAUCAAUACACAGCAGUCGUUCGAACAGCUGACACCAAGAGCUGUUGCGGUUGUCGUCGAUCCGAUACAGUCCGUCAAGGGCAAAGUCGUCAUUGACGCUUUCCGGCUCAUCAACCCUCAAACACUGAUGUUGGGCCACGAACCACGGCAAACCACCUCAAACCUAGGGCAUCUAAACAAACCAUCUAUACAAGCACUGAUACAUGGGUUGAAUCGACAUUACUACAGUAUAGGAAUCAAUUACAGAAAGACUGGCCUAGAAGAGAAUAUGUUGAUGAAUCUUCACAAGCAUGUAUGGACGGACGCUCUGCAGAUGGCUGACUUCCGAGAAGAAGGCGCACAUAAUCAAGAAAAGUUGAAGAGACUAGUAGGGUUUGCGGAGGGCUAUGAGAAGCGCGUGAAGGAGGAGACGGAGUUGACAAAGGACCAGCUCAAGACAAGAUACGUCGGCAAAUUGGACCCAAAAAAGCAUUUGGAGGACGUCGGGCAACAACUGAUCGAGGACAACAUCGUUUCGGUUUCGCGACAAAUGAUUGACAAGGAAGCUUCGGUAGCAAAAGGUAGCGCGGAGAAGGCUUUGCCAAAUGGGAAGCCGAAUGGAGUCAAUGGUCAUGCAAACGGAUCUAUGGAUGUGGAUGAGGAAUUGUGA